CGCGCGCGGCAGAUUCGAAGCAGAGCAGGGCGGGGCGGCGCCGAGCUAAGGUGCCCGGCGGGCCGAUAGGGGAGGUGGCGGAGCUCCACCCGGUCCUCGCGGCUCCUGGGGCGGCGGCGGCGGCGACAUGGACGAGGCAGUGGGCGAUCUGAAGCAGGCGCUGCCCUGCGUGGCUGAGGCCCCCGCGGUGCACGUGGAGGUGCUGCAGCGCGGCGGCAGCACUGCAAAAAAAGAAGACAUAAAGUUGAGUGUUCGCAAGUUGCUCAACAGGCAUAAUAUUGUGUUUGGCGAUUACUCAUGGACGGAGUUUGAUGAACCUUUUCUGACCAGAAAUGUACAGUCUGUGUCUAUUGUUGACACAGACUUAAAGCUUAAAGACCCUCAGCCCAUUGAUUUGAGUGCCUGCACCGUUGCUCUGCACAUCUUCCAGCUGAAUGAAGAUGGCCCCAGCAGUGAGAAUCUGGAGGAGGAGACGGAAAACAUAAUCGCAGCAAAUCACUGGGUUCUGCCUGCAGCUGAAUUCCAUGGGCUUUGGGACAGCCUAGUGUAUGAUGUGGAAGUCAAAUCACAUCUCCUUGACUAUGUGAUGACGACCCUCCUGUUUGCAGACAAGAAUGUGGACAGCAACCUCAUCACCUGGAACCGAGUGGUGCUGCUGCAUGGUCCUCCAGGAACUGGGAAGACAUCCCUGUGUAAGGCCUUAGCCCAGAAACUAACCAUCAGACUGUCCAGCAGGUAUCGGUAUGGCCAGUUAAUUGAAAUAAACAGCCACAGCCUCUUUUCUAAGUGGUUUUCAGAAAGCGGCAAGCUGGUGACUAGGAUGUUCCAGAAGAUUCAGGAUUUGAUUGAUGACAAGGAAGCGCUGGUGUUUGUGCUGAUUGAUGAGGUGGAGAGUCUCACAGCUGCUCGUAAUGCUUGCCGGGCAGGUGCAGAGCCAUCGGAUGCCAUCCGCGUGGUCAAUGCUGUCUUGACCCAGAUUGACCAGAUUAAAAGGCAUUCCAACGUGGUGAUUCUGACUACCUCUAAUAUCACGGAGAAGAUUGACGUGGCCUUCGUGGACAGAGCUGAUAUCAAGCAGUACAUUGGGCCACCCUCAGCAGCAGCCAUCUUCAAAAUCUACCUCUCGUGUGUGGAAGAGCUGAUGAAGUGCCAGAUCAUAUACCCUCGGCAGCAGCUGCUGACACUUCGAGAGCUGGAGAUGAUCGGCUUCAUUGAGAACAACGUGUCCAGGCUGAGUCUCCUCCUGAGUGAAAUCUCAAGGAAGAGUGAGGGCCUCAGCGGCCGGGUCCUGAGGAAACUCCCAUUUCUGGCUCAUGCACUAUUUAUCCAGGCCCCCACCAUCACUGUCGAGGGCUUCCUCCAGGCCCUGUCUCGGGCAGUGGACAAGCAGUUUGAGGAACGGAAGAAGCUAUCGGCUUGUGACUGACCUGGCUCCACGCCUGUGGUUUCCGUGGCAGACUCGAAGGUGGCACCACUGGUUCCAGCUCAGCUGUAGGCACCCUCAGCAGAGGCACUCAGAGCUGCAAGCCAGAGGCGAGGCUGCCAACUGCCCAGAGGGCUGUGUUUAUGUUGUGUAGAAUGCAUCCUGGAAGGCAAACGGCUGGUCCUCCCUGGUGUUUUUAAAAGGAUAGUUCAAAUUCUGUUAUUCUCUCUGCUUAUUCCCAUCGUGUUCCAGCCACUCACAUGCAAGGGUUGUUUAAAAUAAAGGGAAUCAGCGUGGCUGUUAUGGAAACAAGAGAAACAUGAUUGCCCUAAAUAAGCCUGUGAUCACAGCAUCACAAGACGGACUCUGCCUCAGCCGGAAGAAAGCAUGCAAGAAAAACCAGUUCCUAUGUCCCAGAAACUGCAGAAAAAGUAUGGUUUUCCCUGGAAUCAGACAGGAGUGGUGCAGGUGCUUGCAGCCAGCAGUUGGGCUCAGGCGGCGCUGUGUGUCUCUGCCUGUGGCUUCACUGUUCAGUAGCAGCAUUCAUGCUGAGUGCGGCUCCACUCAGCAAGUGGGUAAAUGAUGGGUGCAUUUCACAGAAUAUUACGUUUUGCUUUUACCUCAUGCAAAAAUAAAUUUCAUAUCAGUGCUUUGUACAUGAAGUCCACUUUUUAAAGGAUGUAACCUGUGGUCAUAGAACAUUUUUAAGUAAUUAAAUUCAUUUUCAGACUUU